ACUUCGAAAGAUAACGCGAAGAAAAUGAAAUAAAUACACAUUCUGGUGAAUCCAGUAGCCAGUAGAUCUCGAAUAGUGAACCACUGUACAUCUUAAAAAAAAAAAGCGUUUCAAAAUGAAGCUGAUUUUGUUUAUCGCCGUUGUUAGUUUCUCGUCAGUGUAUGGCCUUCUACGGGAUGAGCAUUAUGGGGACUUUUUCCUCAACGUGGCCAGGCAAUUACACAACAAAUGUGUUCCAAUAACGGGAGUCACCCAGGAUAAAAUAGAUGGAUUGAAAAAUGGGGUUUUUGCCGACGAUGAAAAACUCAAAAGAUACGUCUUGUGCCUAUGGAUUGUUAGUGAGGAGAUGAACCCUGAUUUGUCAAUGCAUAUAGAAAAGUUGACAAAGGCUAUGCCCAAAAAAAUAACCAACGGCGUGAAAAUGUAUGUGGACUGUGCCAAACAGGCUGAGAGAUCAGGUAUAACUGAACCCCACGAAAGAGUAUAUAAAAUGGUUAAAUGUUACUACGACGCGGAUCCAGAAAACUUCAUCAUGUUCUAAAGGGAAGGACAUAUGGAUUCGACGCCAUCGAAGCGAGAAAAUCUGCCAAGGAAUCUAUUACCCAAUGAAAAUAAGCAUUACAAUAAUGUAUCAAUUCAUAUUCAUUGAAAUAAAAUGAUAUUUGGCCAUAUA